GCGAUGGCUCAUAAAACCGCCGGCCACCUGCCGGGCCGCUCCUCCGUGCGCCGCGCUCCGGGUCCCGCCGUGCCGCUGCGGGCCGCGUCCCCGGGUCGGCGCCUCGGUCGCCUCUUUCCCGGUCCCCCCCCAGGCUCGGAGCAGCGCGCGCAGACAUGGGCAGCCGCGCCAGAGCUCGCCGCGCGGCCGCGAUCCUGGGCUUCCUCGGGCUGCUGUGCGCCGUGCUGGGCGCCGUCAUGAUCGUGAUGGUGCCCACGCUCAUCAAGCAGCAGGUCCUCAAGAAUGUGCGCAUCGACCCCACUAGCCUGUCCUUCAACAUGUGGAAGGAGAUCCCCGUCCCCUUCUACCUGUCCGUCUACUUCUUCGACGUUGUCAACCCCAGCGCCAUCCUCUCGGGCGAGAAGCCGCAGGUGCGGGAGCGCGGGCCCUACGUGUACAGGGAGUUCAGGCACAAGAGCAACAUCACGUUCAACGACAAUGACACCGUGUCGUUCCUCGAGUACCGCAGCUUCCAAUUCCAGCCCGAAAGGUCCCACGGCCUGGAGAGCGACUACAUCGUCAUGCCCAACAUCCUGGUCCUGGGCGCGGCGAUGAUGAUGGAGAAUAAGCCCAUGAGCCUGAAGCUGAUGAUGACCUUGGCGUUCAGCACCCUGGGAGAGCGCGCCUUCAUGAACCGUACCGUAGGCGAGAUCAUGUGGGGCUACGAGGACCCGCUGGUGCACCUCAUCAACAAGUACUUCCCCAACGCGUUUCCCUUCAAGGGCAAGUUCGGGCUUUUUGCGGAGAUGAACAACUCCGAUUCCGGGGUCUUCACCGUGUUCACGGGGGUCAAAGACUUCAACAGGAUCCACCUGGUGGACAAGUGGAACGGGCUUAGCAAGGUCAGGUACUGGCAUUCUGAUCAGUGCAACAUGAUCAAUGGGACUUCUGGACAGAUGUGGGCGCCGUUCAUGACUCCGGAGACCUCACUGGAAUUCUACAGCCCCGAGGCCUGCCGGUCCAUGAACCUAAUCUACAAAGAGUCGGGGAUAUUUGAAGGCAUCCCCACCUACCGCUUCGUGGCCCCCAGCACCUUAUUUGCCAAUGGCUCUGUCUACCCACCCAACGAGGGCUUCUGCCCCUGCAUGAAGUCUGGGAUUCAGAACAUGAGCACCUGCAGGUUCAAUGCACCCUUGUUUCUCUCCCAUCCUCACUUCUACAACGCCGACCCGAUGCUGGCAGAAGCGGUGCUUGGCCUCCACCCCAACCAAGAGGAACAUUCCUUAUUCCUGGACAUCCAUCCGGUCACCGGAAUCCCCAUGAACUGCUCUGUGAAGCUACAGCUGAGCCUCUACAUCAAGGCCAUCAAAGGCAUCGGACAAACAGGGAAGAUCGAGCCGGUGGUCCUGCCGUUGAUGUGGUUUGAAGAGAGCGGGGCGAUGGAGGGCCGGCCCCUGCAGACCUUCUACACCCAGCUGGUGGUGGUGCCCAGCGUGCUGCAGUACGCCCAGUACGUCCUCCUCGGCCUGGGCGGCAUCUUGCUGCUCAUUCCCAUCAUCCACCAGAUCCGGAGUCAGGGUCCCAGAGAUGUCACGAGCCAGCCCAGCGUGGCCACGGAGCCCGACCGGCUCCCCAGCCCCUACACCCCACUUCUUCAGGAUUCACUUGGCGGACAGCCCACCAGUCCUAAAGCCUGAGCCCCCUGGUUGCCACACGCGUGUCCACACACUGCACACCCCCGGCACGUGUCCACACGUGAGUGCACAGGUGUGUGCAGACACACUCAGGGAUGGAGCCGCUUGCUGAGGAGACUCAGAGCAUCAUCAACAAGGACUGUCUGGAACCUUCUGGAACCUGUCCGAGUGGCCCACAACGCGCGGGCACUGGGUCCCCUCCCCCAGUGGGCCCAGGCUCCUGACAACUCGGGCCACCUGUCCCCGGUGCCCCUUCAGCCAGCCGCAAGACACCGCCGUCCCUGCUCGGUGGCUCGGCCACGCGGGACAUGGCUUUCACUACUGUCCCCGGACCCAGCCCAGGAACCCAGACUUCUUGUGCCAGAGCCAUGCGGGCACGGGAGCUGCCUGGCCGCGGCCCGCCCCCCGGGCUGGGCCCCACGCACCGUCGCACAGGCCUCGAGGGCGGUGUGAGUGGCUGCUCCCGCUGGCUCCCAGGUCCCCAAGUCCGCGGGGGGUGCCGGGGCCCCUCCUCCAGCUAAACUGACGUCAUCCUGCAUCUGAGCCGGCCGCUCCCGGUUCGGGGAGAGGGAGGCACUGCCCGGAGCUGCCCCCCCCCCCACCCCGGGCCAUCAGCCCCAUCCGUCUGGGCGCCCGGCCGCUCCAGUGGGAGACCCAUGCGUCCCCGCCUGGGCGCCAGCCUCUGCCUCUUUUCUACUGCGAGAGAAAUGAGUUUUAUCAUCUUUUAAAAAAUAACUCACUAUUGAAGUAAUAAACCUUUUUUAAAAGUUAAA